AGACCGGCCCGCCGGCUGCGCGUAGCUGCGCAUGCGGCUCCUUCCCCCGGUGGCGUAGACCUCGUUCGGUCACGACUCGCCGCGGGGCGGGACUUGUGCUGUCCAAAGGGCGCUGGCUGCCAGAGUGGACAUGGCGGCCGGCCCUACCAGGGCUGUGCUGGCCGCCCUGGGGGUGCUCAGCGUCUGUGCUGCCAGCAGUUCAGGGCCCGUGGCGGAGGCGGAGGCCGGCGGGGAGGCAGAGUGGGCGGAACCGUGGGACGGCGCGGUUUUCCGGCCGCCCUCGGCGUUGGGCGCGGUGGGGGUAGUGCGCAAUCUCGGGACCCCGCACCCAGGGAGGGAGGAGGCAGGGGACUUGCCGGUGCUGCUGUGGUGGAGCCCGGGGCUGUUUCCCCACUUCCCGGGAGACUCGGAGCGCAUCGAGUGUGCGCGCGGCGCGUGCGUGGCGUCCCGGGACCGACGGCUGCGGAGAGACUCGCGGACGCGCGCGCUGCUCUUCUACGGCACCGACUUCCGAGCGUCUGACGCGCCGCUGCCGCGUCUUACUCACCAAAGCUGGGCGCUCCUGCACGAGGAGUCGCCCCUCAACAACUUCUUGCUGAGCCAUGGCCCGGGCAUCCGCCUCUUCAAUCUUACGUCCACCUUCAGCCGGCACUCGGACUACCCCCUGCCGCUGCAGUGGCUGCCCGGGACCGGCUAUCUGCGCCGCUCCGCGCCUCCGCUCCAGGAGCGCGCGGAGUGGCGCCGCCAGGGCUACGCGCCACUACUGUAUCUGCAGUCCCACUGCGACGUGCCUGCGGACCGCGACCGCUAUGUACGGGAGCUCAUGCGCUACAUCCCGGUGGACUCAUACGGGAAAUGCCUACAGAAUCGGGAGCUGCCCAUCGCGCGUUUACAGGACACGGCCACGGCCACCACCGAGGAUCCAGAGCUCUUGGCCUUCUUGUCCCGCUAUAAAUUCCAUUUGGCCCUUGAAAAUGCCAUCUGUAACGACUACAUGACGGAAAAACUGUGGCGCCCUAUGCACCUGGGUGCUGUGCCUGUGUACCGGGGCUCCCCCAGAGUGAGGGACUGGUUGCCAAACAAUCAGUCUGUCAUACUUAUUGACGACUUUGAGUCUCCUCAGAAGCUGGCAGAAUUUAUUGACUUUCUAGAUAAGAACGAUGAGGAAUAUAUGAAAUACCUGGUAUACAAACAGCCUGGGGGUAUCACCAACCAGUUCCUUCUGGAUAGCCUGAAGCACCGGGAGUGGGGAGUGAAUGAUCCUUUACUGCCUAACUACCUCAAUGGCUUCGAGUGUUUCAUUUGUGACCACGAACUGGCUCGUCUGGAUGCCGAGAAAGCACAUGCAGCCUCUCCUGGGGACAUCCCUUUUCCUGAGCCUCACAUUGCCCAGCCCUCACACAUGGACUGUCCAGUGCCCACACCUGGCUUUGGCAAUAUGGAAGAGAUUCCUGAGAAUGACAGCUGGAAGGAGAUGUGGCUGCAAGAUUAUUGGCAAGGUCUGGACCAGGGGGAAGCUCUCACUGCUAUGAUCCAUAACAAUGAAACACAGCAAAGUAAAUUUUGGGAUUACCUACAUGAGAUCUUCAUGAAAAGGAACCAAAAUCUCUAAUUGCUGUUGCACAAUUCUUUAACUUAGUAGAGCAAAGGAGAUCUUGAUCUGCCAUGGAAGAUAAGGAUAUCCACUGCACAGACCCUUAAUAAACAUUAUCUUUUCAUGGAUUCAGGAAGUUCCGGUUACAUCCACUGCUAUUUUGUCUUAAUGAUGCAUAACCAAGGUCUCAGCCUGAGGUAAAAGGGCCUCUUCUCAGGGAGAGCUAGAGGCAUUACAAUUCUUGGUUCAGGGGGAGACAGAAGCCAUUUGAUUUGAGGGGCUGGUCUAACAGAACUUUUAAAGGCCUUCUCACGUCUCUGUUUUAUCUCUUCCUUGUACUUGACUACUAGUGAGGUAAGAUGGGUUAGGUUACAACUUACAACUUCUUUUCUAGGCUCCAAGCCCCUCUUUAUUCAGUAUGUUUCCCAAUGAUUUCAUUAUUUCUUGCUUUAUAAAAUGUUACGUUGAUGAAGCAAAACUUCUGGUGGGUUGUUUUCUUGUUUGUUAGAGUUAUGUUUUUUUCUUUGAGACUGAGUCUCAAGCUUUCACUCUGGGUAGAGUGCUGAGGCAUCAUAGCUCACAGCAACCUUAAACUCUUGGGCUCAAGUGAUCCUCUUGCCUCAGUUUUUCUAUUUUUAGUAGAGACAGAGUUUCACUUUUGCUCAGGCUGGUCUCAAACUCGUGAGCUCAAGCUAUCCACCCACCUUGGCCUCCCAGAGUGCUAAGAUUACAGGCACGAGCCACCACGUCCACCUUGGGUUAUGUUUUUUUUUUUUAUAGAGACAGAGUCUCACUUUAUCGCCCUCAGUAGAGUGCUGUGGCGUCACAGCUCACAGCAACCUCCAGCUCUUGGGCUUAGGUGAUUCUCUUGCCUCAGCCUCCUGAGUAGCUGGGACUACAGGCACCUGCCACAACGCCCGGCUAUUUUUUGGUUGCAGUUUGGCGGGGGCCAGGUUUGAACCUGCCACCCUCGGUAUAUGGGCUGGCGCCCUACUCACUGAGCCAAAGGCGCCACCCAGGUUAGGUUUUUUAUAUCAUUUACUUUGCUUUUCAUGUCAAACUUUUUAUUUUAAAUAUCUUUUUCUUUCCUGGUUUUAGGCCAUUUCCCACAGUUUCUGAUGGAGAUACAGAAACUUUAGCAUUAUUCUUAUUUCUGGUUUGCUUAUUUAGGGUAUAUUUAUAAUUCUUUCUCAUCUCAAGUACAUAAGAUUCAAUGGCUAUUAUAUGCCAUGUCAAUUUAAUGUAUUGUCCUGUUCUAUUUUAGAUCAAAGAUGGGCCAGGUGCGGUGGCUCAUGCUUGUAAUCCUAGCACUCUGUGAUGCCAAGAUAGGUGGAUUGCCUGAGCUUAGGAGUUUGAGGUUGCUGUGAGCUGUGAUGUCAGCGCACUCUACCCAGGGCACAGAGUAAGUCUUUGUCUCAAAAUAAAAAAAAAGAAAGAAAGAUGGAGACUAAGGCUGGAAAUGAUGGCAAGAAAAGUUAUAUUUAUAUAUAUAUUGAAUUUAAAUGAUUUUGAAAUGUUAAAGUAGGCCGAUAUGAAUCAAAGUGCAUGUUUUUGGUAAGUAGAUUGAUAAAGAAAAAAAAAAAGAAGGAAGAAGAAGUGCAAAAACUUUUUUUUCUGUCUGUUACCUCAGGCUAGAAAGCCAUGGCUUCAGCCUUGCUUACAGCAACCUCCAACUUCUGGGUUCAAAUGAUCCUCUUGCCUCAGCCUCCCAAGUAACUGGGAUUACAGAUACCCACCCUGAUGUUUGGCUAAUUUUUCUAUUUUUAGCAGAGAUGGGGUCUCACUCUUGCUCAGGCUGGUCUUGAAUUCCUGAGCUCAAGUGAUAGGCCUGCUUUGGCCUCCCAGAGUGCUAGGAGUACAGGCAUGAGCCCUCAUGUCCAGCCAAAAAGUGCAAAUUUUUUAGAGGUCUUUAUUCUUUUCUGUCUGGCUAAUGAACUCUUCCAUCUAUUUUAUUAUUUUUUAUAUACUACAAAGUCCCAUUUGGCAAAGAGUCAUGGAAAUAGCCCAGCAGCCUCAUAGUUAGUAGCACUUUUCACUUCAAGUGCAACGAAUAGUCCAAUUUUAUUUACUCUGUUACUGUAUCUUCCAUACACUUUUAUGGUACUGAGACUACUUUUUGAUGGAGUCUGCUCCAAGGGCAUGGGGCAGUAAAGGCAAGAGAUUUAAGCCACCAUUAGUGGCUGACUAAAUAAAAUGCUUGGUUUGAACAUACAACCUAAUGAGCAAGGAGACCAUGAGUUUUUUCUGGGGCAAUAGAACAAGAAAGAAUACUUUGGACCUUAGUGCUACUCUGAUUGUACUGUUGUAUUAAUUAAUUAUCCCUAGAGAAGUUCCAUUGCUUAUCAGUGUAUCUGGUUGUAAGCUUAUAUAUACUAAUACACACACACACACACACAUCUAUUUGUAUAGAUACAUAAAUAGAUGUGUGUUAGAUGCUUCACUAACUAGGGUCCAUGUUUAAUGUGAUAUCUAAGGAUACGGCCAAGGAAAGUUAUCAUUUAGGCUGUGUUUCUUUCAUUGCAAAAGUUCUUUUUUCAUUUAAUUCUUUAAUAAAAUAAAUCCUUCAUAAUAGCAUGGAAACUGUGCCUAACCUGUUUGGCCCUUUGCAGAAAGAAACAAGAGGGAGAGACCAACUUUCAAAAAUACAUCUGAACCAGAAGUAAUUGUGCAAGUCUUAGUCCCAGCUACUCAGGCCAGAGGAUCAUCUGAGCCCAAUUCAAGGCUACGGUAUGCUAUGAUUGCACUUGUAGCCAGCUACUGCACUCCAGCCUGGGCAACAUAGUAAGACCCCUGUCUCAAAAAAAACAAAAACAUCUGUUAAAAUUUGUUAUAAUGGGCACUGACAAAAGAAGUCAAAUGCAGGACUCUGAUUUCUAAGCUUGCAAUCUAUUUAAAUGCAGAUGCUGAUUUAUAGUGCAAAAUAUGUAUUAGAUAAGUACAAGGCCUAGGUUAGGACUUAAAUUUCAUUAUAAGCAAUAAAAAGGGUAAAUCAUGGUUAUGCAAGGUGUGGAAUCAUCCUUACCUCUUCUAAUUACAUCAGCCCAUAAUGGCAUUGCUUUAACACUUUUGUAUACAAAAUAGGACAGUUGUUAAUAAACAAUGGUUGCUAGACACUCAGGCCUUUUUGUGCUUGGUGCUUCCCAGGCUUUUUCCUUUAUUCCUACCACCAUAAAAGUAUUCACAAAAGAGCAGGGUAAACCAGCUGUUACAUUUCCACAAAGCAAAGUAGAACUGAGAAUAGCAUGGUUAUCAACUAAAAGCUUCACUUUUCCUACACAGAAAGCAAGCAAUGUGAAUUUUCUCUGAUUUGGGGCUUAGGGUACAGACUCGCUGCAGUUUGGGGUAUUGGUGGUAGAAAUGUCUAAUAGGAGCGAGUCUGUAUUAAUGACACUGCUGAAAUAUGUGAAGCUGAUGCCUUUCUUACUGGAAGUGAUGCUGUUUUCUAUUAUCUUGGGUUUUAUUUUGUAUAAUAAAUUUCUUUUAAAUAGUG